AUGCUUAAAAACAAGGUUUCUCUGGAAUGGAAGAAGCGCGUAAAGGCGGAGUAUAUGAAAAUAUGUCAAAGCAAGCGACACAAAAAGGUGGACGACGUUCGAUCAGCGUGGAACCGAAACCGUCAGAAAUUGCUGGACAUGCUGAUGAGGGAAAACGACAACUGGCUUAUGACGAAUGCGGCUUGGGUACAGUGCGACAUGAAUCAAUUGCCUCAUGUGAACUGUAUGAAACAGGCCGAAAUUAUAGAUCAGGAAGGAAACCAUCAGUCCGCACCGAUACGUGUCAUUAACGCUGUUACACCAAUACCGACCAUGUAUACCUGGGCGCCGACACAUCAGAAUUUCAUGGUGGAAGACGAAACCGUUCUGCACAACAUUCCGUACAUGGGUGACGAAGUGCUCGAUAAAGAUGGUUCGUUCAUAGAAGAACUGAUAAAAAACUACGACGGAAAAGUGCACGGAGACAAGGAAGGCAGCUUUCUAGAUGACUCGAUUUUCAUUGAGCUGGUUCAUGCACUAAUGAACUACUGGGAAAAAGAAACAGCGAACGAUAAAGUCACAAGCCCGGACGAUGAGUUGAUCAAGGAACCGUUGGAUGUAAAGCCGUUCCCCGCACCGAUCGUUUUUCAGGCUAUAAGCUCCCAGUUUCCGGAGCGCGGCACUCCUGAGGAAAUGAGGGAUAAGUACAUCGAGCUGACGGAACGGGUGGACCCUGAGCGACCGCCGGAGUGUACACCAAACAUCGAUGGUGCCCGUGCUGAAUCAGUUUCGCGUGAACAAACGCUGCACUCUUACCACACAUUGUUCUGCCGGCGCUGUUUUAAGUAUGACUGCUUUCUUCACCGUUUACAGGUGAAUCAUUCGGGUCCAAACCUGCAAAGGCGUCGCUGGCCUGAGCUGAAAACUUCAAGCAAACCUUGCAGCGACACAUGUUAUUUAUUGCUGGAUGAAAUGAAGGAGAAGAUAGCUGAUGGCGAUAGUAACAAGCAGACACCGUCCUUGUUGGAUUCCGGCAACGAGGCAAGUUCCGAAGAUAGCAACGACAGCAGCCGCUAUAGCAAGGACACUCCUUUUGCCAAAUCUCCCAAUGGUACUAGCGUGUUGGAGUUGUUCAACAGCAGUCCCGAACCGUGGAAUGGGUCGGACAAAUCGUUCUUUCGAACGCUCCAGAAGACGUAUCUGCAUAACUUCUGUGCAAUUGCGGAAGCGAUGCUCGUAAAGACUUGCCAGGAGGUUUACAAAUUCGCCCAGCAGGAGGCUGCUGAUUUCAUGCCUGUGGAGUUGAACAAGGACAGUACGCCACCGAGAAAGAAGAAAAAGAAGCAACGACUCUGGUCAAUGCACUGCCGAAAGAUCCAGCUGCGUAAGGAAGCAAAUGCGAAUCACUUGUACAAUUAUUCGCCCUGCGAUCACACUGGCCAGUGCGAUACCAACUGUCCAUGCUAUGGGAGUUUUUGUGAAAAGUUUUGCAACUGCAGCAGUGACUGCCAGAUUCGAUUUCCGGGAUGCCGAUGCAAGGCACAGUGCAACACUAAGCAGUGUCCUUGUUACCUGGCUGUACGCGAGUGCGAUCCGGACCUAUGUCAGACAUGCGGAGCAGAGCAUUACGAAGUCAACAAGAUCACGUGCAAGAACGUGAGCGUUCAGCGCGCUUUACACAAACAUCUGCUCAUGGCACCAUCGGACGUUGCUGGAUGGGGAAUUUUCUUGAAGGAAAGCGCACAGAAAAAUGAGUUCAUUUCUGAGUAUUGUGGAGAAAUAAUUUCGCAGGAUGAGGCGGACCGCCGGGGCAAGGUGUAUGAUAAAUAUAUGUGCAGCUUUCUCUUCAAUCUCAAUAAUGAGUUUGUUGUGGACGCUACACGUAAGGGGAAUAAAAUUCGUUUUGCCAACCAUUCCAUCAACCCUAACUGCUACGCCAAGGUGUUAGUAGUGAACGGGGACCACCGCAUUGGAAUAUUUGCUAAACGACCCAUUCAACCCGGCGAGGAGCUAUUCUUCGAUUAUCGUUACGGCCCAACGGAGCAACUGAAGUUCGUCGGUAUCGAGCGAGAGAUGGAAUUUCUUUGAAGAAGAUCCGCGCAGGAUGAAUUUGCCCUAGCUACCAGCUCCCUUUACUAUCGCUCGGGUUCGUUUUUCGCUACUGACGGAACGAAAUAAACCGUGCUACUUUCUUAGGUCGCUGGGUCGCUAUUUUAUGGUUUAGGCGUGAAAUCAACUCUCUGAAUGCACCAAGUAUCGCCAGCUUCACUUCUUGGCUUGUUUGCAAAUUUUUGCUUUAUUGUAGAAAGACGAUGUUAGGAUUAAGAAUUUUCUUUUUUUUUUAAAUAGAAUU